CCGAUGAAAGUCAAGAGCACGCAACAAGUCGCGAAGCCAUAGCUGCACUUCGUCGAAAUUCAUAUAAGCUAGGCUGUCCAACCUGCGUGCUUAUUUACCAAAGGAUUAUAAGUAGAAGACUUCUGUUUUGAAGAUUUACUAAGGAAGCUUCCUAUUUUGAUUUGCUAAGGAUUAGUUUAAGAAGAUUCACGCAUGGUGUAGGUAUUGAUUGGCACAACUACAUUCAGAGGGAGACCGGGACGGAGAGGAGCUAGCCACAAGACCGUGAGUACUUACUACUCCACGUCCAACGCGUUGGUCCUCUCCCGUCCUCUUUGACCACUGACCACUGGGCAUUGUUUUUGUUACUGAUGUAUGAUGACCAUUGCCGUGCGGCCAAAGAUCGCAUCUUGCAUGGACCGACUUUGUAUAUUACUCCUGCAAAGCCAAAGUACUAGAGGCAGCAGCAUCCGCUAGAGUGCAGGAUGCACGAUGAACGCGGCGCAAGGCAGCUUGUAGCCCGCCGCUGCCAUAAUUGAAAGACCGCGUUAAAAUUAAAAAUCAACACGACGCUAGUAGCGAAGACGCAUUGAUGCUGCCAUCAGGAACAU